UGUGACAGAGGCCUCGGUGUACUCAGGAGUUUGUACAGAGAUCUUCAAAAGAGAGUGUGUGAUCUUCCAGAAACCAGUCAACUGCUUUGUUCAUCUGAGCAUUCAGGAGUUUCUGGCUGCUGUCUACAUGUUCCGCUGUUUCACCAAGAGGGAGACAGAGGUGCUGGAAGACUUCCUGGACAUGUGCUGGGAUGAGUUAUCUUUGGAUGAUUUCCUGUUUUUCAUAAUGAAGAAAUCCCUCCAGAGUAAAAAUGGCCACCUGGACCUGUUUGUUCGCUUCCUUCAUGGCCUCUCUCUGGAGUCCAACCAGAGACUCUUAGGAAGUCUGCUGGGUCAGACAGAGAACAGUCCAGAAAUCCUCUGGAUGGUUAUCCAGAAUGUCACCAGCAACCUGAAGAAGAUGAACAAUGAUAAAAUCUCUCCUGACAGAAGCAUCAACAUCUUCCACUGUCUGAUGGAGAUGAACGACCUCUCAUUAUUUCAGGAGAUCCAAGAGUUCCUGAAGUCAGAGAACAGAUCAAAGAAGAAACUCUCUGAGAUACAGUGCUCAGCUCUGGCCUUCAUGCUGCAGAUGUCAGAGGAGGUUCUGGAUGAGUUGGACCUGCAGAAGUACAACACAUCAGAGGUGGGACGAUACAGACUGAUUCCAGCUGUGAGGAACUGCAGAAAGGCUCGACUGACUCGGUGUGGACUCUCAGAGACUCAAUGUCAAGUUGUGGCCUCAGCUCUGACGUCCAAUCCCUCCCAUCUGACAGAGCUGGACAUCAGUGGAAACGAUAUGCAGGUUUCAGCAGUGAAGCUUCUGUGUGCUGGACUGGAGAGUCCAAACUGCCGACUGGAGACUCUGAGAUUGAAGGAUUGUGAUUUGUCAAAGAUCAGCUCUCUGAACAGAUGA